CCUCCCACCCCACCCCUAUUUAUGAUGGCUGAUCGUCGCCCACUACGACGAGUACCAAUCCAUCCAUCCAAUUCCAACCAUUCUUCUUCUUCCUCCUCUACUCCCUAGCUAGCCCCUGCUCCCUACUACAAGCUGCAGGCAAAGGAAUCUGCUAGCAGGAAAGCUUCGAAUCGUAUCCAUCCUCCACUACAUUUAUAUUCCGGCAUCGAUCGAUUGAUCGCCUCCCUUCCGUUUCCAUCACUGCCCUGCGUGAGUACUUGGUCAUCGGUGACGGCAAAGGGAACCGAACCCAAGACUGCUUCCUUGUUGCAUGCCGGCGGCCAUGCAGGACACCACUGCACCACCAGCACAUGAACAGAAUCCUGCAUCCGACCAACGACCGCGCCCACAUCUCUCGAUCGACAUCCCGGCAUCAAACCUGACACCAACGCCGACAGAAGGCGACAUCACCCCAACCCCUACAGGUUCUUGCAGCACCAGAAGGGGGGGAAUCCCCAUCACGCCUGUUUCUUCUUCCUCCAGCACAAAAGGCGCGCAGAAGCCGCUGCGCUCGCCGUCCUUCAUGCUGAGGCAGACGGUGAAGAGCCUCCUGCCGAUGGGGAGCUUCAAGUCGUCGGUCACCAAGAGCUACGAGGCCUCCUUCUCCAAGCUCUUCAACUCCAAGUCCAAGGUCAUGGCGAGGACUUCCUCGCUCCCUUUGGACGACGUCGCAGGGGUGGAUGCUCUGUCACACUCACAACAUGCCGUUGACAACAAAUCCUCAGCAAGUUGUACCGCCGCUGAACCUGCACUUCACAUAUGCCGCUCGCAGUCCCUCCCCAUGAACAUGAAGAAAUUCAACGCCAAGAGCUUCAAGAGGAUGGACUCGCUAGGCGGCAUGUACCGUGUUGUUCCUUCGACACCGAGAGCCCCAGCUGCAAGCAAUGUCAUUCCUGAUAUAGUCCCUUCAGAGUCAGGGGUCGGCGAAGACGAUGGCGAGGACAUUCCGGAGGAGGAAGCCGUGUGCCGGAUCUGCAUGGUUGAGCUGUCCGAAGGCAACGACACCCUGAAGCUGGAGUGCUCCUGCAAGGGUGAGCUUGCUCUAGCGCACAAGGACUGCGCCAUGAAGUGGUUCAGCAUCAAGGGCACCAGGACCUGUGAGGUGUGCAAGCAGGAUGUGCAGAACCUCCCGGUGACCCUGCUACGUGUCCAGAGCGUGCAGCGCGAGGCGAACCGCGUCGGCAACGGAGGCAGCAGAUCAAGAUACGAUCGGUACAGGGUGUGGCAUGGGACACCUAUCCUCGUAAUCAUUAGCAUCCUGGCCUACUUCUGCUUCUUGGAACAAUUACUGGUGGGCCAUGACGGCAUUGCUGCGCUGGCGAUAUCGCUGCCCUUCUCAUGUAUCCUGGGCCUCUUCUCCUCAUUGACCACAACAAGCAUGGUGGCAAGAAGAUACGUGUGGAUCUACGCGGCAGUCCAGUUCCUCUUCGUCGUCUUCUUCACCCAUCUGUUCUACAGAUACCUCCAUUUGCAGGCCGUGAUAUCCAUCAUCCUGGCGACCUUCGCUGGGUUCGGCGUGGGGAUGACCGGGAACUCCAUCAUCGUUGAGAUACUACGGUGGAGGAUGAGGCGGAGGGCGCCUCCUACCCAGGCACGCCGUGAUCGCAGAGCGCGUGCAGCUCAGCAGCAUGCUCCGGCGUCUGAUCAACCUUCCGGGCAAUCUUCGGUUGCCUCCGGGGGACAGAACGACACCGUCACCAGCGAUGUUGAGAACCCUGCCGUCCCUCAGGCAUAGAAGAACAUAUAUAUGCACAGUUCUUUUUUUAGUUACAUGUCUAGCAGUUGUAGUUUACCUGAGAGGUUGGGGCCUUGUUUACUGUACAAAUGGGAGAAAAUAGGAAGUCUAAUUUUUUUUUCUAAUGUCAGAGAUCCUGAUCUCAUUCCACAUUCCAGUUUUUUUCUGCAGCAUGUAUGUAGUGUAGCAGCACUGAAAAGAAUCAGUGCUAAUGUCCUUUAUCAGCAUGUACUGAUGCAUGCUACCUUAUGAAAGGAAUAUUCAGUAUGCAGUACUUCACUUUAUGGUGUAUAAAGGUUGUUAGACAUAUGUAUGCAUCCUGUUAGAAAUCUGAAGGAAAACAAGUUUGUUUGGCA